CGGCGUGUGCACGCGCUCUUGCCUCUCACAGUCUCAGCGCGCGACAUAUGGGCACGCGAAUUUAAACCGCAACAAUAUCAAUACAGUCCAACGAUCAGGAUCCUCGUCCAUAUUCGCAUCCCGUCCAGAAAACUUCGUGGGAACUUCGCAGGCAUAAUUUUACGGAUUACGAUUUUUUUUUUCAUUUCAAGCACGAAAGACAAUAAUAAACAGUAAACACACUGUGUUUCAUAAAGGGAUUGCAAUGUUUCCGACCAAGGCGAUAAUCUUGGUGCUUCUUUCCUUUGGCUGCGCAGUGCUAGUAAACAGUCAGCUUCAUAUGUGGUCCCCACCCCACCCAGACUUUUCUCAUGGUGUUUUUCCUUUUGUCAUGAAGAAACUCUUCCCUGAGGGAUGAUAACCUACCCAUGAUCCCACCGUCAGACUGCAGGCAGUUCAUUUGAAAUCGACAUCUAUUGCUAAACCAGCUGGUUACACAUGCAGUUCAGCUGUGUUGUAGAAACUAUCACAAAUUCAGGUAUUCCCAGUCUCCAGCAGAGACGGAGGAAGGAAUGCCUGCGAAUCUCUUUAUCUCUUACUUUUAAGAUUCAGUGUGACAGUUCUGCAGGGCCAUUUGUUUUCCCAGAGGAAAUCGACAGAUAUGAAAGAGGAUUUCAAAUGAAAUAGGAAGUCAAAUGCUAAAAUUUUCUCUGCAGGUCGAUAUUACACCUGCACAGGGUGAGAUCAGUGUUGGAGAGUCUCGAUUCUUUUUGUGUGAAGUUAUCGGUGGGGCCAAGGAAAUCGAUUGGUUUGCUCCAACCGGUGAGAAAAUUGAGCUGGGCAGACUGGAUAUCAGCGUGAUUCGCAACGACGAGACGUCCUCCACUCUCACCAUCUAUAACGCAAAGGUUGACAACGCCGGCACAUACAAAUGUGUGGCCAGCAGUGGUGAUCGGGAAGCUGAAGCCACUGUCAAUCUAAAGAUAUACCAAAAAAUCACCUUCACAAAUGUCCCAUCACCUCAAGAGUUCACUGAAGGGGACAAUGCCAUUAUAGUGUGUGACGUCAUAAGUUCACCUCCACCCACCGUCCUCUGGAAAUACAAAGGUGCAAAGAUCCAGUUUGAAAAAGAUGUCCGUUUCAGGACUUUGAAUAACAACCAUCUCCAAAUCCGAGGGAUCAGGAAGACCGACGAGGGUGUCUACACUUGUGAGGGCCGCAUUAAAGCCCGCGGAGAGGUUGACUUCCGCAGCAUUAAAGUGGUUGUUAAUGUCCUGCCCACUAUACGAAUCCGUCAAGCGGAAACGAAUGCCACAGCUGACAUAGGCUUCUCAACCCUGCUGGCCUGUGAUGCUGACGGAUUUCCUGAGCCGAUGGUGACCUGGGCACGGAACAAUGUUCCACUGGAGAGCGGCGAUAAAUACAGCUUCAAUGAAGACGGCUCUGAGAUGACAAUACUAGAUGUGACAAAGCUGGACGAGGGAGAUUACACAUGCAUCGCUAAGAACAAAGCUGGGGAGAGCGAACAAGAACUUAGCCUUAAAGUCUUUGUGCAACCCAAAAUCACAUAUCUAGAAAGCCAGACUACCACAGAAAUGGACGAACAGGUCACGUUAACGUGCGAGGCCACCGGAGACCCCACACCCACCAUCACAUGGAGCUUCGGCACCAGGGUCUUCACCGAGGGAGAGCAGGAGCACCAAAAGAGGAUUUAUCAGGCCUCUUGGACUCGACCCGAACAGCACAAGAAUCCUGAUGGUGACGUGUUGGUCCGCAGUGAUGCCCGCGUGUCUUCUCUCACCCUGAAGUACGCUCAGUACACCGAUGCCGGCGAGUAUCUCUGCACCGCCCGCAACGCCAUCGGAGAGACGGCGCAGCCCGUGUAUCUGGAAGUGCGCUACGCCCCGAAAAUCCUGGGCUCAGUAACGGUGUACACGUGGGAGGGCAACCCGGCCAACAUCAGCUGUGAAGUGCUGGCUCACCCCAGCGAUGUGUCUAUUACGUGGCAGCGAGACGGCUUCCAGCUGCCUAACGCUAACACCUCCAAUAUCAAGAUCUACAACACGCCUUCCGCCAGCUACCUGGAGGUCAAUCCAGAGUCUCAGAGCGACUUUGGCAACUACAACUGUUCUGCCUCCAAUGAGAUCGGGACCGAAUCCAAAGAGUUCAUCGUGAUCCCAGCUGAUGUGCCUUCGGCGCCGUCCAUCACUCAAGUGCAGCCGUACUCCAGCACGGCUCAGGUGCUUUUCGAGGAGCCCGAGUCCACUGGAGGAGUUCCUGUGCUCAAGUACCGAGCCGAGUGGAGAGCCGUGGGCCGAGGGAAAUGGGUACAACGAGUCUAUGAGGUGAAAGACGCAGGACUGAGUUCAGUCACAGUCACCGGCCUAAAACCCGAAACCGAUUACGAAGUCAAGAUGUCUGCCAUCAACGGCAAGGGCGAAGGCGACAGCAGCCAGUCAGUGGUCUUCAAAACCGAGCAUGUCCGAGAACCAAGUCCCCCUAUACUAGAGGGAACCCUUCAACCCAAAGGCAAUUCUCUCAAAGUGAAAUGGACCAAACAAGAUGAUGGAGGGUCACCGAUCACCCAUUAUUUGGUCAGAUAUAAAGCUAGGGAAGACUCUGACUGGAAGCCCGAGAUCCGUCUGCCCAAUGUGAGUGAGUACGUAAUGCUGAUUGGGCUGGAGUGGGACACCGAGUAUGAUGUAUUUGUGGUGGCAGAGAACCAGCAGGGCAAGUCCAAGCCCGGCACUCUGACCUUCAGGACCUCAUCGGAGCCUGCAGCAACCACAGACUCCUUGGAAGACGGGCCGAGCCUGAACACUGGAGUAAUUGUUGGUAUUCUUAUACUGGUGUGUGUGCUGCUCUUGCUGAUCGUGGAUGCCACCUGCUGCUUCCUCAACAAGUGUGGCAUCCUCAUGUGCAUCUGCGGUAAACCUGGGCAAAGCACCAAGGGCAAAGACAUAGAGACAGGCAAAGCUGCCUUUGUUCAAGAUGUGUCUAAAGAGCCCAUUGUAGAAGUGAGGACAGAGGAAGAGGCCACAGCCAAUCACGACACAGAAGGCCAUCCCGAGCCCAAUGAGACCACGCCGCUGACCGAACCAGAGCAAGUGACUGAAACUGCCGCCGCAGUGGUGGACUUGCCUCUUUCUGUGGCCACUAAUUCAGACACAGUCACUGACACCUUUGACCUUAGCCAGAGCAGCCCAGUUAGCGAGAGCACCACUCUCACCUCCAGCAUCACAGCACCUCCCUCUGACCCUCUUAACCCCGUCCACAUGACGCCACCCAACAGCAGCACGCCCAAAUCUCACACCAAACCCUCCAUCUCAUCUACCCUGUCUCCCGACCCAGCUAAUGUUACUCUCCUGGUAGAUCUGGGUGAUUCCCCAGAGCCACAAGCUGAGGUUCCUCCAGUGGUCCCUUCAGAAGAACCAGUCCCAGUAUCUCCUUCCCCUCUCAGCGUUGUCCAAGCAGAUGCUGUAAACUCAAAAGUCACAGAAAACGAAUUAGAUUCACCCGAGUCUCAUGCCACUUUAAAUCCCAUCAGCCCACAGGGCAGCGUCGCGAUCCCCUUAGUGAAUCAUGAACAUGUGAUUGAUGGAGAGCUCCCACUGGCUCCAGACACAGACGUCCCUCAGGAUGGGUCACAUGCUGUGGGGACAGCUGGCUCCAGUGGCCCAUCUGUUCCAGCACAGGACGAGAAAAUUCUGGAUGAUGAGAAGAGUACGACUGAGCUGAAGAAAGUUGCGCCAGGCACUGGAGCAGAACCCAACGCCCUCACGCAAACAAACGCCACUGAAAGUAAAGCAUGAGAAGACGAGUAGAGGAAUAAAAGCGUCGCGGUGACCUUGGACGAACGUGUUUAACAGUGCCCUUAAUGAUUUUUCUGAACAAAACAGUGCAUCUACAGACAGAAGUUUCACUUAUGUAUGCAUUUUCAUUUUAUGUUUGUUGAUUUGAGCAAGUUUCUGUAUCAGAGUUACAAAUUCAUACAAUUCAAAGAUAUUCUUAUAGAGCUUCUUGAGUUUCUGUGUCCAUUCUUUCUCUCUUUUUUCUCCAUCAAAAGGAUAAUUAUUAAAGCAGGGCAUCAAGUUAUUCAGGAGAAUGAUUUAUUCAGUAAUACAUGAACGAUUUAUUUGCAAAGUACAUUGUUAAAAUGUAAAUGAUUUCUCCUAUUUUUUUAUCUUGAGUAUUUGAGGGCUAGGUUCGAUUUGUUGUUGGUUUUGUAUUUUAUUAUAUUUUAUCAUAUUUUAUUUACACUUAACUGUUUUGCCUGUUGGAUGAUAACUCGUAAUGGCAGUUAUGUAAAGACAAAAAAAUAUCGUAAGAUAUUUUAACACUGUUAUAUGAAAGUCUGAUAAAGAUUUCAAAUAAGCCAUUUGAUUCGCUACUGAAGUCUUUAUUGGAUCAGUUUUUACAAUUAUUGUGUGUUUCUAAUAUUUGGGAUUUAUACAUUAAAUCAUUCUUCCAACGUGCUCCUAAAGCAUCGACUUGAACUAAAAUAUCUGCUCAUUUUUAUACCUUGUACCUCUGGAGAAAUGUUUCACACUGUCACCUGCAAGCUUGUGCACUGUGAUUGUGUUAUCAAGAUCUUUGUUGUCUUUUUUUUUUUUUUUAAAGAAAAUUUGCAUAGCUUUGCAGCAACUGCUGAUUGUCCUUUUAUAACAUGACAUAUGUUAACAGUCCCGUAUGAAACUGGACUGAUAGGACACGUGACUCUGAGAAGAGUUCUUAUAUCAUCACUCAUUGCAUGACUGUCUGCUUGCCCAUGUCUGAUGUUAAACAAGACUGGCCUGAACUGUAGACCUCAGUUUAUGGCAGUCUGGUGGAGAAAUAGUGAAGAUUGUUGGUUGGGUGUUUCCAUGAUUUCAAUGCUUUCUAUAAUGUUUUGGAGAAAAUGAAAGAUAAUUUUGUUUGCCCAUUGUACACAAGUUGUUCACUGCCAGUUUGCCCCAAAACUGUAAAUGGUUUCAUGUAUAUGGGGAUUUGACCCAUGAAAUAGCAGUGUAAUGGGUGAGCUUUACAAUGAUAAGCAAAGAACGUGUUGUAAAUUGUGUUGUUCUAACACAUUUUAAUUAAACUCAUUAAAA